AUGCCUGCGAUACCUCAACACGAAAUCACCUUCGAGCAAAGCCUGCCCUUCGAUAUCUUUGAAGCUUCACGAUCUCACGACGAUCCGAUUGGGAUCUUUUGGUGGCAGCUUUAUUCCAGGGGCUCGACUUCAAAGACAAAACCCCAUCAUCCGGAGAUUGAGACAUAUGAUACAGGGCCGCCGGGUAAACCUUUAGAGCUCAGUCUGGCUUUGAAACUUCUUCAAAGUGUUGCAUCUCCCCACGAACUACGACUACGAUCCUCUGAACUAUGUCUGCAACCUUCCGAACUACGCCUACAACCUUCGAACUAUGCCUAUGACCUUCAAACCUCGUCCCAUACCAGUACACCCCCUCAAGGUACACCUACGCAUACAGCUAAGUACUCCAAAGUUCUGUUCUUGCACCCGACCUUCAAAUGA